GAUUUCUACUGUUUCGUUUGGAUGUUCAUUUUUAUUUUUACUCCAAUAUUGAAACUAGUACUUUAGCCUUGAACACUUAAUUUGACGAUCAGGUGAAGUUUGGGUUGGUAAUUGAAUGCGACCAGCUGGAAAGGGCGGGAAUGAGGAAACUAUGUUGAUACCUAUUGUGCACUAAUUGAUUUGAUUACUUUUUUAUUUGUAGAUUCACUCGAUUGAUCUGUUCAACAUGGACUGAACUCUGAAGUAGCUCCACAACUUACAUAUUCAUGCUUGAUUGAAAUCUGACGCUUGUUGAUCAAACAUUUAAAGAAGAUGUUGUCUAUUGUGUAUUUUGUCUAUUGGGCUGUCAGGAAAUCGAAAUGUCUUAAGCCCACCGCUCUAAUGUAGUUCUUUCCAAAGGCAAAGCUGUUGUUUGCUUGUCAAACUAAAAGACCCGAGACAGCGGAAAUCAAAUUCGAGAGAGCUUACAAGAGCCACAUAUUGCUGGCCCACAACGGGGAAGGAUUAUCUACCUUAAGUGCCAUGAAUGAUCAUUCAUGCCAGGCUCGGCGCGUUUGGCUGUGGAGUGAACUGUUGAAAAGAAAGUGUAUGGCUCGAUAUUGGUCAGUGCCAAGCGAAAUCUUCGCCCAAUCAACAUGUGCAACCAUAUUUUUGCGCCUGGGAGAAACAAAAAAACAUACAUGGCCAAUCAUUGUGAGAACAUUUGGGCUGAAUCAUGUUUUAGCUAACAUCGCUGAAUCUAUUGAGAACCAACAAUUUAAGAGGAUUCGGGAUUUAAGAAAAGGGUGUGCAAUGUGUUGGAACCCUUAGUUGUGCGGAGCUGUUGGGCGACAUUUAUUUGUGUUUACUAUGGCUGGGAUAGGAUCGGCGAUACAGGUAAGAAAUAUAACUACUCUAUCUGAUGCCGUAAACAGGCUCACCCGUCCAUGUCCGGUGAAUAAAUGGUCUAUGAGGAUCUAAAUCCAGUCCGGUCGGUCCGGUCGGUCGUGGCUACUAAUGACACCAAUCUGUAGUUAUAAAUGCCCUAGAAUUGGAGCUUGGCCUUGCCUACUAGUAUAAUCAAGUUAUGCAUGCGGCCGCCUCCCUCUGCCUACAAACUACGGAUCUGGUUUAGCACAUUUAUGAGUUGUGAGCUCUCAGAACAGUCUCCAAACAUAUAUUGUUCAUCUGGAUUCGUCAGUUCGGACUCCGGGGAAAUUGGAAGAUUUGGAAGGCUUGUACCGCUCGUUUUUGCCCGAGUCAGCUAUGAGCUCGGACGAGCCAUCCCGAAUGGUUCGCCAGUACCGGAAUGUGAUAACCGGUUUUGCAGCAAAAUUAUACCCGGAGGAAGUGAAGGAGAUGGAGAAGAUGGAAGGUUUUCUCCACGCCAGGCCGGAGAAUGUGUACUCAUUGCACACGACUCAUACUCCGGCUUUCCUAGACCUUUCUCCGGAUCGCGGUGCCUGGCUGAGUUCGAACUAUGGCAAGGGUGUGAUAAUCGGAGUUUUUGACAGUGGGAUUACUCCAGGGCAUCCAUCUUUCGAUGACACAGGUGUCCCUCCGCCACCGGCGAGAUGGAAAGGGAAGUGUGAAUUUUCCGGCGUUGCGUGUAAUAACAAGCUCAUUGGGGCGAGGAACUUUCUCAGGGGUGAGUCGGGGCCACCUAUUGACUCCGACGGGCAUGGCACGCACACUGCCAGCACGGCUGCCGGGAACUUUGUCCCCGGAGCGAAUACCUUCCACCAGGCAAACGGCACGGCCUCUGGAAUGGCGCCGCUGGCUCACCUCGCCGUUUACAAAGUCUGCGACCACCGCGACUGCUCGGAAGGCGAUUUGCUGGCUGCAAUAGAAACUGCCAUCGAGGAUGGCGUCGACGUGAUUUCUGCAUCUCUCGGAGGAAAAGGUGAGCCUUUCUAUCAAGAUAGCAAUGUUAUCGGCUCCUUCUAUGCAGCUCUAAACGGCGUUUUCGUAAGCGCCUCGGCUGACAAUUCCGGUCCGGCGAUGUUUUCCGUCACCAACGCAGCGCCAUGGAUGCUUACCGUCGGUUCCAGCACUUUGGAUCGCAGUAUAGUCGCCAGAGUAUCGUUAGGCAACCGGGAAGAACUCGAUGGUCAGUCAUUGAACCAGGUAACAAAUCUUCCUUCUGUGAUGUUACCGUUGGUUUAUCCCGGCAGUCAGGGGGACCAAGCUGCGAGAUUCUGCCAUGCCGGAUCGUUAGACAGCACAGCCGUAAAGGGAAAAGUCGUGCUGUGCUCUCGAGGCGGGGACGUCACGAGGAUAGGAAAGGGACAGAAUGUGAAAGAUGCCGGAGGCGCCGCGAUGAUUAUGAUGAACGACAAGGUGAGUGCGUACAGCGUCGAGGCUGAUCCGCACGUCCUUCCGGCGGCGCACGUGAGCUACGCUGCUGGGGAAAAGAUUAUCACCUACAUAAACUCCACCGCUGCUCCGGUAGCCACGAUUCGAUUCAAGGGGACUGUUUUUGGAGACGAUACAGCUCCGAUGGUCUCGUCGUUCUCCGGCAGGGGGCCGAAUUCGGUCAGUCCAGGUAUUCUGAAACCCGACAUAAUUGGACCCGGUUCGAGCAUUCUUGCGGCAUGGCCGAAAUCGGUGGACCCGUACCGGCAUGGACGGUCGACUUUCAACAUGUUUACGGGGACGUCGAUGUCUUGCCCGCAUCUCAGCGGCAUUGCGGCCCUGAUAAAAAGCGACCACCCCGACUGGUCGCCGGCGAUGAUCCAGUCCGCCAUCAUGACCUCUGCCUCUCAAACUAAUCUCAAAGGUCAGCCGAUUCUCGACGAGCGGAAUCUGCCUGCCGACGUGUUUGCCAUGGGAGCGGGUCAUGUGAACCCCCCGAAGGCGCUCGAUCCGGGGCUCGUCUACGAUAUCGCACGCUGUGAUUACAUUUCUUACUUGUGUCAUCUCUACACGGAGGCUCAAGUUAGAAUUAUCGCCGGAAAGAAGAUCAACUGCCGGAAGUUGAAAUAUAGAGGUAUUUCCGACGAGGCACAGCUGAACUAUCCCUCUUUCGCCGUGCAACUUGGUCGCCGGAGUAAGAGAUAUUUGAGGACUGUGAUAAACGUUGGCGAUCCGAGGUCGAGUUACCGCGCCCAGAUCGGGAAGAUUCCCGGUGUCGAUGUGACGGUGGCGCCGGAGGUACUUAGGUUCGAGGAAGUUAAGGAGAAGAAGACAUACGAGGUUACCUUCAGCAGGCAAAACUUGGAUGUGAAUGGAUCGUAUGUUGAAGGAUUCAUUUCGUGGGUUUCUCCGAAGCACAUUGUUCGAAUGCCCAUUUCGAUCAACUUAGUGAUCCCAGGUUAGUUUUUACUCUUUUAUCGACUUCUGCUUCGACUUUCAUGUUUGUUGAAUUGUU